GUACGACAAGGUGAAAUCAAUGUCGCCGAAGGAAAGAAACUGUCGAAGAUCUUGGCAUCAGAGGCAGAGCGACAGCAGAAGAUCAAUAGUGCUGAAGGCGAGGCAGCAGCCAUUCGUGCUAAAGCGAGCGCCAAGGCGCAGGCUAUCGAAAUUGUCGCAGCUGCCUUGGCAAAACAGGAAGGCAACAACGCAGCAGCACUACGAGUUGCCGAACAGUACGUUGCGGCAUUUACCGGUCUGGCUAAAACCUCGAAUACACUGAUCUUGCCAUCAAAUGUCGGUGACGCGUCAUCUAUCGUUGCGCAA